AUGACGGACCGGGGAGAUUCCUUGUCGACGGUGGCCGGGGAGGCGCCGGUAACGGCGGAGAGGAGGGUUAGGGGAGACCUUGAAGACCAUUUCCCUAAGCCUUACAUGGCUCGAGCAUUGGCGGCACCCGACGUCUACAAUCCAGCAGGUUCCACGGACCACGACCCCGACAACAUGAGUGUUCUCCAGCAGCACGUCGCCUUUUUCGACAGGAACUCCGAUGGCGUCGUCUAUCCGUGGGAAACCUAUGAAGGAUUCCGAGCUCUUGGCUUCAACCCGAUCAUUUCUUUGGUCUUGGCCGUACUCAUUAAUGGAGUUUUGAGCUAUCCGACUCUCCCGAGUUGGAUUCCUUCGCCCUUGCUUCCGGUCUACAUCGCUAACAUACACAAGGCCAAGCACGGGAGUGAUUCUGGUACUUUCGACACCGAGGGAAGGUAUAUACCCGUGAAUUUGGAGAACAUAUUCAGUAAAUAUGCAAGGACUGUGCCUGAUAAACUAUCCUUUGCGGAGAUGUGGAAUAUGACCGAGGGCAACCGGGUAACUUACGAUUUCUUUGGAUGGAUCGCUAACAAGCUGGAAUGGAUAGUAUUGUAUGUGCUCGCCAGGGAUGAAGAGGGUUAUCUUUCGAGGGAGGUCGUCAGGCGAAUGUUCGACGGGAGCUUGUUCGAGCUUAUAGAGCAACAGAGGGCAGCAGUCUACUACAAAAAGUUGAUGUAGAUGAAGCAUGUUAUACGUUGGAUAUUAUGGACAAAGAUAGUCUUUAAUAUGGUCGAGUAGUGUAAUAACAAGUAAUCUUUUGAGAGUUCUAUUUGGGAUGAAGA